CUUCCGGUGAGAUUGAAGUGGAAAGUGAAAUUUUGUUAAUGUAAGCCAAGGCUUAGCAGUUUAGUCUGUAUAAAAGUUGUUCUUUAUGUAUUCUUGAUCAGGAUACUGGUAACAUCAGUGGGAUGUGAUAGAAUCAUGAGUACCAAACUGCUCUUAUUGGGUGAUGGAGAAACAGAGAAGAAAAGUCGCCAGACUGAACGGGCUCCCAUCACCCAGGAGAUGAUUGAUGACUUUCCGACAAACUAUAAAGGACUUUAUACUUUGAAGUAUAAAAAGAAGAAAGAAGGAAAAGGAUCAACUAUAUCGGAUAUUGAAAAGAAGUUUGCUGACUGUGGUACAGUAACUGAGGUUGAUGGGGAUGACUGGUGGAUCUAUGUACGGUUUGCAGUAAAAGAUCACGCUGUUGCAGUACUCAAAACAUUUGGAGAGGAACUCAAUCUCAAAAUUGUAUCUGAUCGAUUUCACCACAAGGAUGGAAGAAUACAAAGACUUGUUGAAGUUUACAUUGGAAAUCUGCCCGCUAUUGUCAAAGAGAACGAAGUGGAAGAAAUGCUAUCCAAAUAUGCACCAUUUAAACUCAAAUUAAACCAUAUUUCUAACGACCCAGGAAAGAGGUUUCGAUCAGUUUUUGUAAAGUUUUCUCAAAGUAACAUGGGGAAAGCUGAGCAACUGAUCAAGGAAAAAGAUGGGAAAAUAUGGAAAGGGAAAAAACUGUACGUUGGCUUUGCUAGAAAUAGGAGAGGACAAGAUGCCAACAAUAAGGAAGGAGAUGAAGAUGUGUCGCUCAACGCCUUAACAGCUAAGGACGCUUCUUCUGGGAUGAUGUUAAAGCCCCUACACAGAACGUCCUCCCAUGACUCCAAGGGAUUUUCUGGCAUUAUUCCAAAAAUGUUGCCUUCCAGGCGGGAGACAAUGGCUGAUGAUUCUAGUAAUCAGGCCAGCAAACCCUGGUGGAAAAAGAAUUAAAAGACAUGAAUAUGUAUGUUAUUAAAGUUGCUUGGGCAAUACCAGGGUACUCUACCCAGGGAAGAGUACUCUACUACACUUAUUUGCUUAUUACCAUUUCUUAUUAAUUCAGUUAUCAGAAAGAGCUAAAAGCCACGAGUGCUUGAAAUUGUUUCAAGUUGGAUAAAUUGAACAUUAUGAACAAACGGCAUUAAGCUGGGAAAUUAUACGAAGAACAUUAUGCAAAUCAGGAACCACGAUAAAGCUACUGUACAGGUAACUUUGUCUAGGAGAAAUGAAAUACGUCAUACAAUGAUAUAGUUAUACAUUACAUAUGAAGUUAUUUUAAGGAUAUCUGUGGUUAUCCACUGUGCAUCUAUAAAAGAGAAGCUUAAUAGUUAUACGUAUGUGAUUUUAAAAUGUUCUUAUUUGUAAUCGAAUUACAAUCAUUACUGACUUUAAUAUCAAUUAAACAGUAUAAGAGGUGUUGUAGAUAAGCUGAGCGCCCACACAGGGUCCUGGUAAUUUGUUACAGUCAAUAUAUAGGGGUCUAUGGCAUAAGGUCUCGCACAUUUUAAAGGAAACGUCCAAAUUAGCCUAGAUUGUAACAGCUUCCCUGGUUCCUGUGUUAGCAUUGACCCAGGUAUGAGAUAUUGUAAGUCAACUGGCAUUAAGUAUGUGCUAUUUGCAGUAGAUGUUUAUGAUUAUUCGCAUUGUCGUUCUUGUUGACCACUAAUGAAACUGAUUUGCAUUAAUUUGAAACUCAUAUAUGAUAUAGUGUAUAAUCAUAAUUUCAUCUUAUUUUUGCACGAAUAGUGAAACAGAUUGAUGCUUCGUUACAGCUUGACAUCAAGAUAUUGUUAUUUAAAGCAUCAAAUAAACUGCAUGUGGAGAACAAGGGUACUCACCUAUUCUCAUGAUGUUUCCAGGACGGCAACACGACCCGGCAACGGAUACAUAGUUUUUUCUUGUCGUAACAACAGAAGGUUAGGUAGACUUGGUGGCCAUUAACAACUUCUUGAUAAAGAAUACCAGAUUUAUUGUCAAUUUAAUAUUUAUAUGCAUUUACUUGUACAUUUGUAUAUGGUACUGAUGUGAUAGCCUCUUCACCAAAACAGGGUAUCUCCAACAUUAAUACUAUUAUUUUUUAUUUUGAUAUUCAUCGAGACCUGCUUUAAUAUAUAUAUAUUAAAAUUUGUGGUUCAAUCUGCAUUCAAAGAUUUCAAUAUUAUAUUGUUGAUGAAUAUAGAUGUUUUAGAGGUAUAAAGCAUACUCAAUUUUAAAUGUUAUGUAGUUAGAGCAACUCUAUCAUGUUACUGUUAUCAUAAUCACCUUCUUCAAGUAAUAAAGGUUAAGUAAUAUUGUUAUAAAUGGCUUCAACACACCAACACGUACUCAUGCAGGGUCAAUCCCAAUAAUGAUAUAACAUAUGAUAGAAAUAGACAUAACUCUAUCUCUUAAUAACCUGAGAGAGCCCAACGUCUAGAAAUUUGGUUGAGGAUUGAAUAUCAAAAAAAGAAAGAAAAAAAAAACCCAUACAAAUUUGUAUGAGGCAUUAUUGGUAUCGAUAAACCAACUUGUGCAAUAUUUAUGUCAUUUUAAAUAAGAUACAAGGAUGACUUUUGUUUAGAGAAAGAUAACAAGAGCACCAACUGAAAUCAGAACCAAUAUUUUACUUAUUGCUUUGUCUAUAGUAGGUAGGUAGCAAUCACCAUCAUUUUCUACUUUAGUUUUUUCUCAAUCUUUAAUAUCUUUUAGUUUAACUAUGCCAGUCUUGUCGACAAUGUUCAAAUCGUUCUCAACAUACUCGCCGCCUGUCGCUCGCAUAACUGAGCAACUAGCGAGUUGGACACAUCAUUUUAUUUAACGAAAAUAAAGCCGACAACUUAAGUCAUACGACGGGAUGACCUGUUUCGAGUAUCGCGGGUCCAAUCCUUACCUGGGGCCAAGAAGUGUCUUGGCUUAAAUCUAAAAUGCGAUUUUUUCUUUAUUUUUGUUUGUUAUUGAUCAUCUCAGGCUCUUGCGUUAUGUGAAAUCAUUUUUGACAAAUAUCAGAAGAAGUGAUAUUUGAUGAAUUAUGUGAAUAUAUUUAUUUCAUCAAGGAAGUCCGAUGGUCCUGAGGCAUUUAUUUCGUUCGAUAAUGAUAUUAUUCAUGCGUUCUUUCGAUAUUUUAGGAGCAUGUCAGAAAAUCAUUUUCCUUUAUUAUGUGUCUGGCAUGUUUUAAAUUUUUUUAACUCUCUCAAGUGAUUUUGUAUUUCUCGCUAUCGGUAUUAGAUUUUGUAUGUACUGGGUGCUCUGAUCACGCUUUCAUUUUGAUUUCUUAUCAAAAGGUUAAAUUCUUGGUUGUAUGUUGCAUUUUGGUUAUCAUUAUACCCAUUCGUAUGUAAAAAUAACCAUGGAGUUUUGAUAGAAACUUUACAAGGGAUUAUUUACUUUGUGUAACACUAAUAGGAUACGAAUAAAACUGUUUUAUCAAUGUUAUUUUCAAAGUAUCGUUUUUUCCGGCCAGUUUCUUUUGUUUAAGAAUUAUGUAUCUAUAUAUGAUGACAAAUUCAGUCUAGACUGUUAGUUCUGCCCUUUUGUUCUGUUAUUGUAUUUUCAGUUGCAAUGAUACUUAUAUAAGUAUAUCUUUUUCUGGAAUACACUUUAAUGCAUGACUUAAAAUAAGAAAAUGAUACCAAUGUAACCGUCGAAUUUCAACAUUAGAUCUGUUUUUACAACUUUUCGAUACAAUAAAUUAUUACUGACAUUCUUACUUAAAUAGAUAUGACGAAGGCAACACAUGAUUACAGUAUAGCUUUGCAUGAAGACCCUUAGAAAAUACAAACUAAUUAAGCAUUUUCUGUUUGAUUUUGAUAGUUUUUCAUGCAUUGUUUUCCUUCCUUGACUAUUUCACUAUGAGGAUAAAACACAGCUAGUUUGAACUGUGAUAUCGCCUGUUAUUUCAGAUAUAGAAGGCUAUCAAAAUCUUCCGCAUCAUUUGGUUAUUGAUGUUGAAUUGAAAGUCAUAUUGGUGUACUCUAAGAAGCUUUUAAUAGUUUUGUAUUUAUCUCGUAUGUUUUUUUGUGGUUUAUUCACUGUCUUUAUUAGAUAUCUAUCUCACUUGUUUUAUGUGGUUUAAACAUGUUUAUUAUAGUGUUCAAAUAUCUCCCAUGUUGUUCAUAUAAAACGUUUGCCUAUGACACCGCCCACUGAAUUGAUAGUCCACAGAAUUUAGUUUUUGUUUUUACCGUAUUUUAUUCAUAAUUUUGAUAAGUUAAUUAAUACACAAUGUAUUAAGAUAACUUUAUACGCUGUUUAUAUUUUAUUGAUGAAUUAAAAAUACUUCAAGAA